UUGAAUAUCUACAGCGGGUUGGUUCUCUUAGGCUAAGGAAGACUAACACAGGAUUUUACAACAAGUUCCUUUGAGUCUGUCUCCAGUUCCUGUGGCUGCUGCUGAGGUUCACCGGACAGAGGAAAAGAGAGGCAAGACGUAGCCUCAAAUCUAUUGAAGAAAGGAGAUUCUGAAAGAAACAGAAAACCCCAAUAUACCAGAAUACCCCCAGCAGAACAUUUCCCUUGAACCAAAAAUGGUGAGUGAGAGUCAUCAUGAGGCCCUGGCCGCCCCACCAGUCACCACUGUUGCGACUGUUGUCCCACAUAAUGCCACCGAGCCAGCCAGUCCUGGGGAAGGAAAGGAAGAUGCCUUUUCCAAGCUGAAGCAGAAGUUUAUGAAUGAACUGCAUAAAAUUCCAUUGCCACCGUGGGCCUUAAUUGCCAUAGCCAUAGUUGCAGUCCUUUUAGUUGUGACCUGCUGCUUUUGUGUCUGUAAGAAAUGUUUGUUCAAAAAGAAAAACAAGAAGAAGGGAAAGGAGAAGGGAGGAAAGAAUGCCAUCAACAUGAAAGACGUGAAGGACCUGGGGAAGACCAUGAAAGAUCAGGCCCUUAAGGAUGAUGAUGCUGAAACCGGAUUGACUGAUGGAGAAGAAAAAGAAGAACCCAAGGAAGAGGAGAAACUGGGAAAGCUCCAGUAUUCACUGGAUUACGAUUUCCAGAAUAACCAGCUGUUGGUCGGGAUCAUCCAGGCUGCUGAGCUGCCCGCCCUGGACAUGGGCGGGACGUCUGAUCCAUACGUCAAAGUGUUCCUGCUGCCUGACAAAAAGAAGAAGUUUGAGACAAAAGUCCACCGAAAAACCCUCAAUCCAGUCUUCAAUGAACAGUUCACUUUCAAGGUGCCAUACUCGGAAUUGGGUGGCAAAACCCUGGUGAUGGCUGUGUACGAUUUUGAUCGCUUCUCCAAGCAUGACAUCAUUGGAGAGUUCAAAGUUCCUAUGAACACUGUGGAUUUUGGCCAUGUAACCGAGGAAUGGCGUGAUCUCCAGAGCGCUGAGAAGGAGGAGCAAGAGAAACUGGGUGACAUCUGCUUCUCCCUCCGCUACGUCCCUACUGCCGGCAAACUGACUGUUGUCAUUCUGGAAGCGAAGAACUUGAAGAAGAUGGACGUGGGUGGCUUAUCUGAUCCUUAUGUGAAAAUUCACCUGAUGCAGAACGGCAAGAGGCUGAAGAAGAAAAAGACAACCAUUAAGAAGAACACGCUUAACCCCUAUUACAACGAGUCCUUCAGCUUUGAAGUUCCCUUCGAGCAAAUCCAGAAAGUGCAAGUGGUGGUAACUGUUUUGGACUAUGACAAGAUUGGCAAGAACGAUGCCAUCGGCAAAGUCUUUGUGGGCUACAACAGCACCGGGGCAGAGCUGCGACACUGGUCUGACAUGCUGGCCAACCCCCGGCGACCCAUUGCCCAGUGGCACACUCUACAGGUAGAGGAGGAGGUCGAUGCCAUGCUGGCUGUCAAGAAGUAAAGGGAAAAAGAAGCCUUUCUGCAUUUGCCCACAUAGUGCUCUUUAGCCAGUAUCUGUAAAUACCUCAGUAAUAUGGGUCCUUUCAGUUUCCAGCCAUGCAUUCCUAAUACAAUUCAGUGGUACUUCAGAUCCUAUUUUAAUUUGCACAAAUUUAAGUGUAGAGAGCCCCCAUGCCCUUCACCAUACCACUGCCCUCCAAAUCUACUCUUCUUUUAAGCAAUAUGAUGUGUAGAUAGAGCAUGACUGAAAUUAUGUAUUGUAUCACACCGUUGUAUAUACUAGUAUGCUAAAGAUUUAUUUCUAGUUUGUGUAUUUGUAUGUUGUACGCGUUUCCUAAUCUGUGUAUAUCUAGAUGUUUUUAAUAAGAUGUUCUAUUUUAAACUAUGUAAAUUGACUGAGAUAUAGGAGAGCUGAUAAUAUAUUAUAUGGUAAAUAUAGUAUCGUCUGCAUUCCAGCAAAAAUAUCAACAUGAAAGGCACUGGUACAGUUAAACUGACAUCUUAAAGGACAACUUAAACCUGAGCUUUCUAGUCAAUCAUUUGAGUACCAAGAUUGGCUCACACUAUACCCUUGGUGGGCGAACCCAAUUUUGUAGAAUUCUUUCACAGGCAAAUAGCAUGACCUGAGCAGCAUCCGGGCUGACCUCAAGGAAGCAAAACCACAAACCAGAGUAGCAUCUGUCCGUCUGUAUCUGCAAAGCUGAAAAUCACGGCUUCACCCUUACAUUCAAGGAAGUGAUGAGCAGGGGUCAGUGAGUUCAUACGACUGCCUCUCGCAUAGCAUCACCAUGGUGUCCUCUGUGUGAGAGUGUGCAAGUGUGAGAGUAUGCACGUGUGUUACGUGUGGUGCAUGCCUUUGUUUGGGGUUAGGGUGGGGGAGAAGAAGCUGAGAGAAGUCAGCGUUUCUGAAAUAUUGCCUGACUAUUUAAACAGAAAAUAAUAGCUCUCCAUUAUCACAUUUAUAUAAAACGUGCAACCUGUGAAUUCUGACCCAGACUUCACACCAAUAGUGAUUCCAAAAGGUAUGCACGUGAGACUUUGUAACAAAAUAUUUUAUUAUACAAAACGAGAUGAGAAGGAAUGCAGAAUAUUUUUAACACAGCAAUCUGUGCUUAUUACACAAAAUUACUUUGUGGUAAACAGACAGUAUUGUAAUCCCAUCAAAAGAUGAAAAAUAACAAACAAUUAGCCAUAGUUCUGAAUGCACUUCGAUUAAGCCAAAACAGACAGCUAGUGAUCUUUUUAUAUGC